GGACCCGGGGCUGGGGUUUCGAACGUAAGAAUUGUGGAGUCCCCCGUUUCCUGAACUUGUUAUCCUCGAAUCUUUCCCUUUCUACUCGCUAUCCGUAGCCGCCCAAAGCUUCGGAAUCGAGGGAAGAAUCCCCCCUUCUCUCCUCCUUCGAUCCCCACCUCUUCUAUCCUCCUAUCCCCUAAAACUCGUUUCUUUAGUGUGGGACGAAUUCCAUUCGAUUCCAGAGUUUUGCAGUCCGCUGGAUUUGUUUUGUUUGGUUUUCGACUAUGUUUACUGGACGUUUGGAUUUACCCAUGGUUUUCUUGGUUUCUUGAUAACAAGCCAUGCUUUCUUUAAGCAGGGAUUUUUGGAGUAGGCAUAGGAGGAAAGUGUUUGUUGCUCUUGGAGUAUUUGGAAGUGGUUAUGUCAUUUAUAAGAUCUAUGAUGAUCACAGAAGAAGAAUCUCUGAUCUGGACAAGAAGCUGGAAGGCGAGCGACAAGUUGAUGAACUCAUUAAGGCCCAAUUGCAGACGCACUUUGAAAACAUACAAAGAAUUUCAGAUACGACGACACUGCCAUACGCUAUGCAUUAUUUGCGGUCUCGGAUAUUGGAGGAGUUGGAUCUUUCUCAUUUGACUGAUAAACUAAUGCAAGGGAAGGGACAAUCCCAUGCUCUUACAUCUAAGGAGAAGCUCGAGCUGUGGGAAGGGCUUAAAAUUCUAAGUUUCACGAGAAUAGCUUCCUCGUUGUGGUCAAUGACAAUGCUUUACCUGUAUGUUAGGGCUCAGGUCAAUAUCUUAGGGAGGCAUCUAUACCUAGAAAUUGCUCGCGGUUCAGAAAGCUCUCAGUUACUGGAUGAAUCUGACUCAUUUAGCAGGCAUGGGCGGCAAGACUUUCUAGCAACUGCUGAUUAUCUUUCUGCCUAUGGCAUCCAUACAUUGAUUAUGAACAUGCAGAAUGCUGCUAUGGGAGUUCUAAAAGAAAAGCAGCUCGGUGAUCUUUUUAGCACGGUCCAACUGCAUGAAACAAUCAUACAGAUACUGGAGUCAUUCAUGAGCAUUGGUGGACCUAAUUACUGGAUAAGUUACUUGGUUCCCGAGAAUGCCAUUGCAUACAGGCAAAUGAUGGUCAUGUCUGCCAAAGGUUUUGAUGAUUCCUCUGUUCUUAUGGAUGUCGGCAAACUUGAGCAGCUAAUGUCAGAGACACGUAUGGUGCUAUCAAGCCCUGAUUUUGGAAAUACUGUGGAGAUAUCAUUGAAGAAGGUAGUUGAUUUGCUAGUGGACGAUAUUAGCAUGCAGCUUGAAGGGAUUUGUCCACCCUCUGGGGUUCCCUUGGCUAAGCUAUUGCCUCGAAUAACACAACUUAGCCUGCCACUGCUCGAGGAACCCAGUGACAACAAGUUCGUUCAGACCAUUGGAAGACUGCCAGAGGUUGAACUGUUUUACACCCUUCUCUAUGCAAACAUGCCCAUACCCCCUUGAGUUUCUUCAAAAGAAAUGUAACCAGUACACGUUGCCAUCUGUAGAAUCCUGGAUCAUCAUUUACAGAGCUUGGUUUUGUCUUGCAUGGGGUUGGUGGAUAUCCCAACAGUGAAGAAAAACAAAGGUAGCGAGGAGGUUGAUCACAAGCUUCUGUAUAUUAAACUAUGCAAUAGUUUAAUUCUUUUGGCUGUCUCUACCACUAUGGACUUGGAUGUUAAUUGUAACAUUGUAAAGGGUAUUUCUGAAUGCUCUCUAGUUUGCAUGCAUGAAUGCUUUCUGGAUCCUGAAUCUGUCUGAUUGUUCACUUUUAGAAAGCAGCAGACUCCUCCAAGAUAUAGGAGGUUCUCAGUGCA